AUGGAAGCUCCGGCCCCAGCGCCCGUCGCCGUGGGAGGCCGCCGCGAGCCGUCCAUAGAUGCCGUCAAGGCUCAAGGAGUUCUGAGGUCGGUGACCAAGAAAACGAGAGACGCCGCGAAGCUGUGGCAGUCACGAUGGGGCUUUUACAGCUUUAUUCGAGAGAUACAAGAGGAGGAAGCUCAGAAAAUGGGCAUGUCCUUAGAAGAAUACCGCGAGGCUGUUCGCACUGUCAGCUGCAAACCAGAGCCCAAGACGUACCCAGUCGUUGUGGACCCAUCACCAAAACCACUUCCUCCUACUUCUUCGGCUAUGGUGGGGCGUCGAGCGAGCUGUCCCUUGGAGAGAUACGGUAGGCUGGUGAAGACCGACCGCGACAGCCCUACGCGCCCGCCACUGCGCCCCGGCCAGAUCUACGACCCUUACAAACAGACUUUAGUGUUUUUGGGGAGCGUCGAUGGCGAUCCUAUUUCAUACAACAUUCCACCAGCGAAGGCCGAGAUACCAGAAGAGAUGUGGUCCCGCCCGCACCAGUUGGAGGUCAUGACGCUAAGCAGGGACAACUUGGAGAGGGCUUUCAGGAAUCUUAAGACUGCAUAAAUAAGCCAUAAAAGAAUGAUUUAAAACCAUGAACAAUAUUUUUGUGAGCUAGGGUACCUUAUCUUUGAAAUCGAAAUCCAUCACACUAAUAUUGUGCAAGGCAACUGAUUGAAUUUGGUCAUAGUUGCUUUAGUUAGAAUGAAAUUGUGUACUUUAUUGAAUUUGAUAUAGUAACGAUUUGUGGCGUUCUUUAGCAAGUUCCCCUUUUAGCAUCUCUAUUCUAUCCCAGAAAACGCUUAGCUCAAUACAUUAAGUCGCU